AUGGUAAGACACACUCGUUCUCUUACACAAAUCAAGUAUAAUCGUGAAGGAGACCUUCUCUUUUCUGUAUCAAAAGAUCAUGUAGUGAACGCUUGGUAUUCACAUAAUGGUGAACGUUUAGGGACUUAUAAUGGUCAUGUCGGUGCAAUAUGGACAGUUGAUGUUAAUUCAACAAGUUCUCUAUUAUUAACUGGGUCAGCAGAUAACAAUGUGAAACUUUGGGAAGUUGAGACUGGCAAUUGCUUGCACACUUGGGAAUUCAAAACUGCUGUUAAACGCGUUGCAUUUUCCGAAGAUGAUAGCAUGGCUCUUUUUGUUACUGAACAGCGUAUGGGAUUUCCAGGAACUGUAGCCAUUUAUUCAAUCGAAAAUGACGUUGAUGCAAAACAAUCUGACGAACCAAUUACAACUAUAAUUCCAGAAGGUUCAAAAGCCAUGGUCUCUGAUUGGGGUUAUCUCAACAAAUAUAUAAUAACUGGCCAUGAAAAUGGUGCAAUAUCGCAAUAUGAUUGGAAGACGGGUGAAAAGAUUAAAUCGAUCCAUCCGCAUACGGAUGUUAUUACCGAUCUACAAAUGUCGGAAGAUCGAACAUAUUUUAUUACCUCCUCAAAAGAUAAAUCGGCACAAAUUUUUGAAUCCAGUACACUCAUUCCUUUAAAGAAAUACAUUACUGAUGCUCCUCUUAAUUCGGCAUCCAUAACUCCCAUUCAAGAAUUCGUCAUUUUAGGUGGUGGACAAGAUGCCAUGCAGGUUACCACCACUACAAUGAGACAAGGUAAAUUUGAAUGUCGAUUUUGGCACAAAAUUUUUGAGGAGGAAGUAGGACGUGUAAAAGGACAUUUUGGUCCCAUUAAUACAAUUGCCGUUCAUCCGGAUGGCAAAAGCUUUUCUUCCGGUGGAGAAGAUGGUUACGUCCGAGUUCAUCAUUUCGAUGAAGAUUAUUUUAAAUUCAAAUAUCCUGAAUUAUAA